AUGCCUAAAUUCAUAAAUCCUAUUACAAUGUAUCGUAUAGUUUCUAUGGGGACAUUUUGUAGAACAAUAUGGCCUAUAUUUGGACCUUUAAUGUUAUAUCAAUACAUCAGACAGAUUGAUGAAGAGUUAGCAGUAGUUGAAAAAAUGUUUUAUGCUUCUAAUCAAGAUUCUCCUGAAAAAUAUUUUAAUCCUAACAAAAUAUCAUUAUUAGGGCACUGGCGAAUAUCACAAGAUUUGGAAUCUCUUCACAAGUUUAUAAAUAAUUAUAGUAAUAAAGGUUCAUUAGAUACUGAAGCUUAA